AUGGACAGCUCUCCCGCCUCGCCUUUGGCCCCCAGGGAUCCCAGCUCCCCUGAAUCUUCGAUCGGCGAACAAAUCGCCACUCUACAGGCCCAGCUUGCCGCUCUGCAGGCCUCGCAACCCGCCGCCGCCGCAGCCGCCGCACCCCCGGCCGUCACCGUCGUGCCGGGGAACGCCGCCACCGCAUCCAAGGUCGUAUUUCCCAAGCACGCUCGUCUGGACGGCCCCAAGUCGUUCACCAACUGGUUGCGUCAACUCCGUCUUGCACUCCCGAACCAGGUUCGUGGUUACGUUCUCGACGGUGUCGUUCCCCCGACCUGGACCGCCGACCAGCUUGCCGCACGUGACGACGCCGCCCGGGAAAUCAUCGUUGGCUCUAUCGACUCCGCCGACGUAUCGGCCACCCUCGACGCCAUCCCCAGCGACGACCUGUCGGCACCGCGCAUCUUUGCCGCUCUCAAGGCUCGUUUUGCACCGGACGACGCUACACGCACUCUCGAGUUGUUCGCUCGCCUUUGGGACUUCAGGAAGAUGCCUGCCUCCGUCGAGGCCUACGACACUUGGCUACGCGAGUACAUGUCGAUUGCUCAGGAAAUACGCGACGCCAAAACAUCGCUCAACGACGUGCUCGCCACCCACGUGCUCGCCAUGGUCCCGUCUUGCCUCGACAGCUUCCGACUCACGUUCACGGACGAGCAGCGAAACCGACGCUUACGGACCGCAUUCGCAUCCAGCUUCGUUCGGCAGGACUCUCGACCUCGCAUUCGGCCAUGCUUGCCACCAGCUCCCCCUGCCCCGCCUGCCGCGCUCCCGGUCACCGCCUGCGCGACUGCACUUCACGUGCGAAGCACCCGCCCACCGGCCCCUGCCGCCGAUGCCACAAGAAAGGUCACUGGGCACUCGACUGCAAGAACCGGGGUGAACAGGCACGUAGCAGCGACGACACCCAGGACGACACGUCUUCCUCCGCGGCCUCGCAACCGAACGUCGGCUAUUUCGCCUCCUGCCUCUUCGCUCGUCGCCAACUCCCAACUGACGCCUUUGUAGUCGAUUCGGGUGCCACGACACACAUGGUCGCCGACCGAUCUCUAUUCACGACUUAUCGUCAGACGGCACACACCAAGAUCGGCGGCAUCGCGGGCGGCAUCACGGCUAUCGGCAUGGGGGACGUGGCAUUCGUCGCCAAGACUGGACACCCGAUCACGCUCCGUGGUGUUCUUCACACGCCUGGCCUACACGUCAACCUCCUCUCUGUCUCUCGCCUCUGCGACACCGACCGCGUUCGUCUCGCCUUCACCAGCGACGGCAUCGACAUCGCCAAGGACGGCCGGGCCAUUGCUCACGGUACCAGGGUCAACGACGGUCUUUACCUUUUGGACGCGGAUCACACCAAGUGUCAGCAUCUAUGAAGGAACAAUAUACCACUGCACCAAAAGGCGAGGCACCUCUACUUCAGUGAGCGCAUAUUGUCCUAGAAGUGAGAUGGAGCAAAGUUCAACACCCCCCUGUGCGCGAAGCUGAAGAGCUUGUGGCAGUGGGUGCGGCUGUGAGGCAACUGGGCAUGUUGAUCAGGUCGCUUGGGCAAGUGCAGCUUGGGCACUGUGAGCACUGUCGAUGCGCCAGGGUGCUUGGCACGCCGCUGGGCAAGUGCGGGGGCCGGGACGCUGAGUGUAUGCGCGCAAAAUUGCCUGACCCCAGGGGGGAUUGAACUCAUGACCUGCUGGUUGCUCUGGGCUCAUAACCUAUGAAGGAACAAUAUACCACUGCACCAAAAGGCGAGGCACCUCUACUUCAGUGAGCGCAUAUUGUCCUAGAAGUGAGAUGGAGCAAAGUUCAACAGCAUCUUGCCUUCCUCUCACGCUCUGAGUCUCCCGUGCCCCUGCUUACCCUACACCGCUGCCUCGGCCAUCUUGCCCCAUCCUCUAUACAGAAGAUGAUUGCUGCAGGUUUGCUGGACGGGUUUGGGGCCGGGUACAGUGACAAAGACGUAGAGGAGUUUGUUUGCAAUGCUUGCCUUGGUUCCAAAGGUCACCGCCUUCCCUUUCCCGACUCUGAGUCGCAUUCCGCCGAGAGACUUGGCCUCGUGCACAGCGACGUCCUGUCGUUCCCCACUCCGUCCUUGACCGGGAAGCGCUACCUUGUCACGUUUCUAGACGACCACUCUCGCAAACUCUGGGCAUAUGCGAUCGAUCACAAAAGCGAUGUUUUCCCGACCUUCCAGACUUGGCUCGCCGAAGUGGAGUUAGAGACGAACGCGCGGUUGAGGAUCCUUCGAACCGACAAUGGCGGGGAGUACCGAUCAAACGCAUUCACGGAGUUCUGCAAAUCCAAGGGCAUUCGUCGUCAAUACUCUAUCCCUUACACGCCUCAACAAAACGGUCGCGCCGAACGUGUCAACCUCUCCAUCGUCGAGGGCGUCCUCGCUCUCCUUGCGGACGCCCGUCUGCCGGCCACCUUUUGGGAUGAAGCGGCUGCGUAUUUCGUUUAUUGCAAAAACAGGUGCUCACACUCAGCUUUGGCCAAACAGACUCCAGAAUCCGUUUGGAACGGCCAACGCACCACCGCCACCGCCCUCCACCCGUUCGGCUGCACAGCCUGGCUCACGGUCGCCCCGGACCUUCGCAGCAAGCUCGACCCCAAGGCCGCGCGCGUGAUCUUCACAGGUUACGACCUCGCCUCCAAAGCUUUCCGUUUCUUUGACCAUUCCAUCAACAAGAUUGUACUUGGUCGCAAUGCCACCUUCCUCGACGACGACUUCCCCGGCCUGCCAGUCACCACGCCCGUCGAUGCAGACGACACCGACCGUCAGUUCGUCGUUCCCGCCGACACGCCCGCCCCUGCCGUCAAGACGAGGACCCCACUAGUAAGGUCGGCGCACAUGGACGUCUCAUCCUCCCUUGAUGAUUCUGCCAUGAGCGCCGUUGACGUGGCCCCAGGGUACACUGGCGGAACCUUACUUAAUUCCACAGAUACCGAAUCGUCCUCGUCACCGUCUCCUGAGCCGUCCUCGUCACCGUCGCCCACAAACCCUUUGUCACCGUCGCCUGCGCUGUCACCGUCGUUGGCAGCGUCAUCGUCACCCUCGGUCUCACCGACCGACUCUGACUACUCCGCCGACCCUCUGGACCUCAUCGGCUCACAGACCCCGACUCGCCUUGGCCCACCGGACGUGCACCGCCCAGACUUCAGCACGUACCGUGAGCCCGCAUCGGCUGAGGAGUCGCCCGACGAACUCGACAUCAUUGGGCGUCACUCGCGCGAUGAAUCGCCGGAUGAAAUCGAUUUCCUCACCCAACACCACCGCGCCUUCAUCGCCACAGACGACGACGACCCCACCCUCGACGCCAUCGAGCCCGUCAAAUCGAUCACUAGCGACCCCCAGACCUGGCGCGAAGCAAUGUCCAGCGACGAGCACAACAUCUGGGCUGAGGCCGCCGCCGCCGAGUUCACCGCCAUGCGCGACGACUUCAAGGUGUUCACCAUCGAGCCUCGCUCAUCUGUACCGCCGGGCGCCACCAUCGUCACCUCCAAAUUCGUCUGGAAGACCAAGCGCAACGCAAGCGGUGAAGUCACGGGGCGGAAGGCACGUCUUGUAGCGCAGGGUAACCGACAGCGCGACGGCAUCGACUUCUCAGAAACCUUCGCACCCGUCGCCCGUUUCUCCUCCAUUCGCUGCCUCCUGGCUCUUGCCGCUGCCAAUGGCUACCACGUUCAUCAGGCCGACAUCGACAAGGCUUACCUCCACGGCGAGCUCGAUCAUGAUAUCUGGAUGACGACACCACGCGGUUUCGACUUCCCGAGCGAUAAGGUUCUCCGGCUGCGACGCUCAAUCUACGGUCUCAAGCAGGCCGGUCGCAUCUGGAAUCGUCACAUUGACACAUCACUCAGGAAUCUGGGGUACAAGGCAACAGGCACUGAUCACUGCAUUUACUCUCGCAUUGACGAUCAGCAGCGGCCUCACUAUAUCGCCUUGUAUGUCGACGACCUCCUCAUUGUCAGUCCAGCCCUCGACGAGAUCGAACGUGUCAUCUCCGGCCUUGAACAGCGGUACGGCGUCAAACGACUCGGCCCCGCGGAGUACAUCCUCGGAAUCCAAAUACGCCGCCUGGACGACGGUUCCAUUGCUCUAUCCCAGGAGCGCUACAUCAUGGACGUGCUGGCCCGUUUCCACUUCGACACCACGACACGCGGCACUACGGUGCCGAUGACGCCCGGCCUCUCGCUCACGGCAAUUCCGGGUCAGGGAACGGAGCGCAUUCGUUCGUGGUACCUACAGGCCAUCGGCUCCCUCCUCUACAUCUCCCUUGGCACUCGACCCGACAUUGCCUUCGCCGUCUCGUACCUGUCCCGGUUCGCCAACAACCCCGGCCGCCGCCAUUGGAUUGCCGUCAAACACGUCCUUCGCUACCUUCGCGCCACGUACCGCGAUGAGCUUCUCUAUGCCCGCGGCCCAGCAAAAGUCACGGGUGUGGUUGGUUAUUCUGAUGCGAACUGGGGCGCCUGCGUCGACACAUCCAUUUCAACGAUGGGCUACGUAUUUUACUUGGCAGGCGCCGCUGUCUCUUGGUCGUCGAAGCGUCAGACUCGGGUAGCGGAUUCCACCACUGAUGCCGAGUACCUGGCCUUGUCGCACGCGGGUAAGGAAGCGAUCUACCUUAACCAACUCCUCUCCGAGCUCCACGUUUGCCCAAUCGCUGCAGCUCACAUCUUCACCGACAACGAGGCCGCGGCCGCCGUCGCUCACGACCCCGUUCGCACCUCCGGCACCCGGCACAUUCGCCUCCGCGAGCAUUUUGUCCGUGACAUGGUCAAUCGAGGUGAUAUCUCUCUCUCACACGUUGGCACAGCAGACAUGGUUGCGGACGUAUUCACCAAAGCGCUAGGCCCCAAGAUUUUUGGUACACAUUGCUAUGCUCUAGGCCUCCGGACGCGACAUCCACGGCUCAAGUCUACCUCGCGUUCGCGUGGGGGGGGGUGUGAGGAAUCCACUCUCCGCUCGGCUCAGGACUUAGGCGCGCGGAGCGAACCGGGCGCGGACUUAGGCGCGCGGAGUGAGCCGGGCGCCCCGGCCCAGGACUUAGGCGCGCGAAGCGAGCCUGGGACUUAG